AUGGACAGUGACCUCAUAUACCUACUGUAUGAACAGUGCAUGAGCAGUACUAUGGACAUUGCGAGCGUGUUUUCAGCUCUUAAUCACAACCCAGAACUGAAGGACCUAUCAUGCAUCAACUUUCAACGUUUGCUACGCUGCGCAAGUGCACUUAAAGACGAUGUACUCCAGCCACAGCCUCACAUGGUCUCUGUGAUUGCUCCACCUGACAUCCUACCACCGAUUAUCACUGAAUUCCUGAGUGACUUGUUUCACAUCACACUCGAAGCUGUCGACAUGCUGUGGGAUGUGGUAAAGGACAUCGUGUGGGUGCUUCCCACAGAACUAGAGGAACGGGAAGCAGUCGAGACAAUGUUUUGUCUCCAUGGUAAAGAUCGAGGUCUUACUGCCCUUGUCCUAUACCCGCCAAACAAGACAUGUAUCAAUGCGGAGUGCAAUGCUCAGCAGUGUGGUUCGGUACUCAAAAAGGAGGAGCAAUGUCAAAUCGUCGUUUUCACUCAAGCCGAGGAUUGUGCAACUCGAACUACCACCAUAAUUAUGCUGUCCGAUCAGGGGUUAGGCACUAUUAUGGAGGACUACCAAGUUCAUUGCAACUCACAUGAUCAAGACUGGCAAUUUAAGACUUCCCCCACGACUGAAGAAGUGUGGGACACAUUCAUCCUCCUUGCUCUACUCAAUGAUCAUGAGUGCCACAGCUCUCGUCUGCGCAUCCCACAUGAUCAAUAUCAAAAGGACCGCUACACUAUCGCCAUGCACACCCGCAAUGAACACAUCAUUACACAUGGCCAGUACGAGCUUCCGCAUGCUUGUCAUGGAUGUAUGCGUAUUUUUCACAUGCCUGAUGGCAUGACUCACUAUACCAAAGUUGUCGUUACCGAUGGUGUUACUGUUGGACGACCCUGUUGUGCGGUACCACAUUGCAAGAAUUCCCUCGAGAGCACGCGUCACCGAUUCUGCUCUGCUGAUCCCAAUCACAAGCAGCGUGAGACCAUGUGCGCAGUUGAAGGGUGUGACAAACUUGUUGCACAUGAUGACCACACUGGCAAGUAUCGGAAAGCCUGCGCCAAUCCAGUUCACCUCAAGAUGGAGGAUAUGAAGGCAGUGUCGACGUGGAGUGGGAAGAGUAAGAUGCAGAGGACAAAGACGGCAAAGCUCAAUGAUGCACUCACCAGCACUGGUGCAGAUGAAGAUGCUUUGCCUGUUCAGGAUAUCGACGAGUGGUACAAUCACAACCCUUCUACCGGCAAUGUCAGCCUCGUACAGGCUUCAUCUUCCUCGUCAACAGGAGUGGUCAACUGUUUGCCUUUGACCAGCAGCAUGGACUCGCAGAUGCUGGAUGUGUGUCCAGAUAAGGAUGAAGCAGUUAAGCUCAAGGCCACAUUCUUCUGGCAGCGGACCAACAACGAGCAAUUGUUCAUAUGCCCUUGUGGUGUGAUAUCUGGUCGUGGAACCAUGUACCACCACGAAGCUGUCUCAAAUGUGCUGGUCUUGUUCGAAAAAAUAUUCUCUCUCCCCCAUGCACGUAAACCACAACACCUCAUCUAUGACUCUAACUGCAAUGCACUCCGUGAGGUUGAGAGCCGCAAAAUCAAAUUCUUCGAGGGUAUGGGCAUGUGCGUAGAUGCUUUCCACCACAAGACAAAGCACAAGGCCAGCGACACAUUUUGUCAGCAACAUUGUGACAUGAAGGCAUACCCGGAGCUACUUGAUGAGUGA